UCACUCAAGUUGGUACCUGAUGCUUAUUUCACCAAGCAAGAUCUCAUCCGUGCUAGAAUAGCUGUAGAAGACCUGCAAGGAUGGUUUUUGGGCAUGUCAACCGCCACAAAGGUUUACGAGCCUCAAGCCCAUCUUCCAAGCAUGGUGAGUUACGACGGCGGCAAUGAACGUAACGGUGUUUCUCCCGAGUGGAAGGCGGACGACCCAUUUUAUUUCCAGGAGAUUCCCAUCCCUAAUGUACCUCCACCCACUUAUCAAGAGUUGUAUGUCAUAGGUAAUCGCUACACCUGUGACGCUAGAGAUUCCUAUGAGUUUAUGCUCAAGUGGGUUGCCGAGUUGGUAGACUUGUUCCAGACGUGGUCCUUGCCAAAACCCGUAGGUAUCAAUCUGGUGAUGAAUUUUUGUCUCUAUGCCCAUGGAAGAUCAUUUGAUCAGGGGUUGAAUGAAGUGCUGGAAUACAAUAAAUUCACAGUGCUGCCUCCUGUGUUUGCCUUAUCUGGCAAUGUUAGUAUGCAAUUCAAAAAAAAGUGUAUGGAUAGCUAACUCGUGUUUUAGGAGAAUGAAAAGCAGCUGGUACAUCACUUUUAUUAAUCAAAGGAACCCACGGAGCAUUUGACUCCGGUUCGGUAUAUGCUGCAUGCUUUUGUAUUGCAUAUUCUAGCUGGCAUUGGACAUUACAUUGCUUAAAUCAGACACCAUCAAGCAAAAAGAUGGUACAGAUUUAAUGACUCGAAAGUGGAUCGGGUGACCAACCUCCAGUUCGAUGGCAACAUCACGAUGUCCAUCUAUAUCCGACAAGA